CUAGGGAGGGAACACAGGAGGAGGGUAGAGGCCGCUGCCGCUGCCGCUGCCGCCCCCGCCCCGUGCGGGGGCUGAGGUAGCCAGUGACCCCCGCCCCCCGGCUUCAGUCAGUCGGCCGCCCCAUACCCGGCCGGGGACGCCGAGGCCUCUGCGCCGCGCCCCCGCCCAGGCCUCGGUCCCCCACCGCUGCUCAUCCCUGGCCGCGCGCCGCCCGCCUCGCAGGCCCACGCCUUCGGACUGCCGGCAGCCGCCGCCCACCCGGACCCUUAGUCGCUCCGGGCUGGCCUCUGCCUGCCUAGCCGCGCUCGGGACCCGGAGGCCGGCUUCGGGGGGCUAGAGGGCCGCCGGCUCCUGGCACUGGAGCGGGGCUGGAAGUACGCAGGGCUUUCUCCCCUCCCGGACACCUGAAGACAUCACCUCAGCAGGAGGAUGGCGGCGGCGAUUGGCCGGCGCCGCGGUGGGCUCCGGGCCCUGCCGGGUGGAGCCGGCUCCUCCGCCCUCGGGGCUCGCUACUCGAGAGAAAUAUGAAACGCAAUGGGAGCAGAAAUUGUUUGAAUAGGAGAAGUAGGUUUGGUUCUCGAGAAAGAGACUGGCUAAGAGAAGAUGUAAAGAGAGGCUGUGUUUACCUUUAUGGAGCAGACACUACCACUGCCACUACAACCACCACCACCUCCUCUUCUUCUUCCUCCUCCUCCUCCUCUGACUUACAUCUCGUCCUUUGCACUGUAGAGACACCAGCAUCAGAAAUAUGUGCUGGAGAGGGAAGAGAAAGUCUUUACUUACAGCUUCAUGGAGACCUGGUCAGGAGACUGGAACCUACUGAAAGACCUCUUCAGAUCGUUUAUGAUUACUUAUCCAGGCUGGGAUUUGAUGAUCCUGUGCGCAUACAGGAGGAGGCUACAAAUCCUGACCUCGGCUGUAUGAUUCGAUUUUAUGGUGAAAAGCCAUGCCAGAUGGAUCAUCUGGAUCGAAUCCUGCUGUCUGGCAUCUAUAAUGUACGCAAGGGAAAGACCCAGCUGCAUAAGUGGGCUGAACGCCUAGUUGUCCUCUGUGGUACCUGCCUUAUAGUUUCCUCAGUGAAGGAUUGUCAAACUGGAAAGAUGCACAUUUUGCCUCUGGUUGGGGGAAAGAUAGAAGAAGUGAAGCGACGGCAGUACUCCCUUGCUUUCAGCUCAGCCGGAGCCCAAGCUCAGACCUAUCAUGUCAGCUUUGAGACUUUGGCUGAGUGCCAGCGAUGGCAACGGCAAGCAUCCAAGGUGGUGUCCCAGCGAAUCAGUACCGUGGAUCUCUCGUGUUACAGCCUCGAGGAGGUUCCUGAGCAUCUCUUCUACAGUCAAGAUAUCACCUACCUCAACUUGCGACACAACUUCAUGCAGUUAGAAAGACCUGGAGGCCUCGACACACUCUACAAAUUUUCUCAACUGAAGGGCCUGAAUUUGUCCCACAAUAAACUUGGGUUGUUUCCUGUAUUGUUAUGCGAGAUCUCUACCCUGACUGAGCUCAACCUUUCCUGUAAUGGAUUUCAUGACCUACCAAGUCAAAUUGGCAAUCUGCUAAAUCUUCAAACCCUCUGUCUUGAUGGCAACUUUCUGACUACUUUACCUGAAGAAUUGGGAAAUCUACAACAGCUUUCCUCCUUGGGAAUUUCCUUCAACAACUUUAGUCAAAUUCCUGAGGUUUAUGAGAAACUUACUAUGUUAGAUAAAGUGAUUAUGGCAGGAAAUUGCCUGGAAGUCCUGAACUUAGGGGUGCUCAAUAGGAUGAGCCAUAUCAAGCAUGUGGAUUUAAGGAUGAACCAUUUGAAAACCAUGGUUGUUGAAAAUCUGGAGGGAAAUAAAAGCAUCACUCACUUGGAUCUGCGGGACAACCAACUGACUGACUUGGAUCUUAGCUCCUUAUGCAGCUUGGAACAGCUGCACUGUGAGCGGAACCAGCUGAGGGAGCUAACACUCAGCGGCUUCUCUCUUCGGACCCUCUAUGCCAGUUCCAACAGGCUGACAGCAGUGAACAUAUAUCCAGUACCUAGCCUACUCACUUCCUUGGAUCUUUGCCGAAACCUUCUAGAGUGUGUCCCUGACUGGGCCUGUGAAGCAAAGAAGAUAGAAGUAUUAGAUGUGAGCUAUAAUCUUAUCACAGAGGUUCCCAUGAGGAUUCUGAGUAGCUUGAGUCUUAGAAAACUGAUGGUGGGACACAAUCACUUAGAAAACCUCCCAACACUGGUGGAGCAUAUCCCCCUUGAGGUGUUGGAUCUUCAGCAUAAUGCACUCAGCAGGCUGCCAGACACUCUCUUCUCCAAGGCCUUAAAUCUCAGAUACUUGAAUGCAUCUGCAAAUAGUCUGGAGUCUUUACCAGCCACCUGCACUGGGGAGGAGAGUUUGAGUAUGCUGCAGCUGCUUUAUCUGACCAGCAAUCUCCUGACAGAUCAGUGCAUACCUGUCCUGGUGGGGCACCCGCACCUGCGAAUCUUGCACCUUGCAAACAAUCAGCUACAGAGCUUUCCUGCAAGCAAACUAAAUAAAUUGGAGCAAUUGGAGGAACUGAACCUAAGUGGCAACAAGCUUAAAACCAUUCCCACAACCAUAGCAAACUGCAAAAGGCUGCACACCCUUGUGGCACACUCCAAUAACAUCAGUAUUUUCCCAGAAAUACUGCAAUUGCCUCAGAUCCAGUUUGUAGACCUAAGUUGCAAUGACUUGACAGAAAUCCUGAUUCCAGAGGCUUUGCCUGCUACAUUACAAGACCUUGACCUGACUGGAAAUACAAAUCUGGUUCUGGAACAUAAGACAUUGGACAUAUUUAGCCAUAUCACAACCCUGAAAAUUGAUCAGAAACCUUUGCCAACCACAGAUUCUACAGUUACAUCAACCUUCUGGAGCCACGGACUGGCUGAGAUGACAGGGCAGAGAAAUAAGCUGUGUGUCUCAGCGCUUGCAAUGGAUAACUUUGCAGAAGGGGUGGGAGCUGUGUAUGGCAUGUUUGAUGGGGAUCGAAAUGAGGAGCUCCCACGCCUGCUCCAGUGUACAAUGGCAGAUGUGCUUUUAGAAGAGGUGCAGCAGUCAACUAAUGACACAGUUUUCAUGGCUAACACCUUCUUGGUAUCUCACAGGAAAUUAGGAAUGGCUGGCCAGAAGUUGGGCUCCUCCGCUCUCCUUUGCUACAUCCGCCCUGACACUGCCGAUCCAGCAAAUAGCUUUAGCUUGACUGUGGCCAAUGUUGGCACGUGCCAAGCAGUCUUGUGCCGAGGUGGGAAGCCAGUACCCCUCUCUAAAGUAUUCAGCCUGGAGCAGGACGCAGAGGAGGCGCAGAGGGUGAAGGACCAAAAAGCCAUCAUCACAGAGGACAACAAAGUGAAUGGGGUAACCUGCUGUACCCGGAUGCUGGGCUGUACAUACCUCUACCCUUGGAUCCUCCCCAGGCCCCACAUAUCUUCCACUCCACUGACCAUUCAAGAUGAGUUGCUGAUUCUGGGAAACAAAGCGUUGUGGGAACACUUGUCCUACACAGAAGCUGUCAGUGCUGUACGUCAUGUACAGGACCCAUUAGCAGCUGCUAAGAAGCUGUGCACAUUAGCACAGAGCUAUGGCUGUCAGGACAACGUAGGGGCAAUGGUGAUUUAUUUGAAUAUUGGUGAGGAAGGCUGUACUUGUGAAAUGAAUGGGCUCACCCUCCCAGGUCCUGUGGGGUUUGCUUCAACCACCACCAUCAAGGAUGCCCCUAAGCCAGCCACUCCUUCCUCUAGCAGUGGGAUUGCCUCUGAGUUCAGCAGUGAGAUGUCCACCUCAGAGGUGAGCAGUGAAGUGGGGUCCACUGCUUCUGAUGAGCAUAAUGCUGGGGGCCUGGAUGCUGCCUUGCUUCCGAGGCCAGAGCGGCGCUGUAGCCUCCACCCAACACCAACCUCUGGGCUGUUUCAGCGCCAGCCUUCUUGUGCCACCUUCUCCAGUAACCAGUCUGACAAUGGCCUGGACAGUGAUGAUGACCAGCCUGUUGAGGGAGUCAUAACAAAUGGCAGCAAGGUAGAGGUGGAAGUAGACAUUCACUGCUGCAGGGGCCGGGAUCUAGAGAGCUCACCCCCUCUCACAGAGAGUGCUUCUACCCCAUGUUCUGAGGAACGUGCUAGAGGGUCGUGCUUUGGGAUCCGAAGACAGAACAGUGUGAAUAGUGGCAUCCUCCUGCCAAUGAGCAAGGACAGGAUGGAGUUACAGAAGUCUCCCUCCACCUCCUGCCUCUAUGGGAAGAAGCUCUCCAAUGGUUCUAUUGUGCCCCUAGAGGACAGCCUGAACCUCAUUGAAGUGGCCACAGAAGCACCCAAGAGGAAAACUGGCUAUUUUGCUGCCCCCACUCAGAUGGAACCAGAGGACCAGUUUGUUGUACCUCGCGACCUGGAAGAAGAAGUGAAGGAACAAAUGAAACAGCACCAGGACAGCCGGCUUGAGCCUGAGCCGUAUGAAGAGGAUCGGACCGAACCCCCAGAGGAGUUUGACACAGCGCUAUGACUGCUCUGCUGGGCACAGUGUGGGAGGAGGCUGUGCAGGGUUGGGGUAGGGUCCUGCUAGAGGCAUUCCGCCUCUACAUUUCUCUCUCUCUCUCUUUUGUGUGUCUGUGUGUAUGUGUUUUGAGAUGGAGUAUUGCUCAGUUGCCCAGGCUGGAGUGCAAUGGCACAAUCUCGGCUCACUACAACCUCCGCUACUGGGUUCAAGCCAUUCUCUUGUCUCAGCCUCCUGAGUAGCUGGGAUUCCAGGCACUCGCCACUAUGCCUGGCUAAUUUCUUUUCUUUUCUUUUCUUUUUUUUUUGUAUUUUUUUUUAGAGACGGGGUUUCACCGUGUUGGCCAGGCUAGUCUUGAACUCCUGACCUCAGGUGAUCCGACCAUCUCAGCCUCCCAAAGUGCUGGGAUUACAGGCAUGAGCCAGUGUGCCCGGCCCUGCCUCUACAUUUCUAACCAUAGCUGUGUGGGAUUGAACUCAGAGCCAGAAAGGGUGAGAGCCAUCAGGGGCUGGCUCUGGGUAAACUAGUAGCCACUAUCAGUGUUAAGUUUCACAUUUAACCUGCAUUGGAACUCCCAGGGGUACUGGGAAGAAAGCAGCUGUUCUGUAUCAGUCCUACCACCUGCCAUUAACCCUUUCUCUCCUAGGAUCACUUUGAGAAUUUGCCUGCCUGGGCAGGAAAGGGACUAUUUCUGUGGAGGAAAAAAGUGAAGAUUGAUUCUCUUUACUAGUUGCUGCUGAUGGAUCUCUGUGACAGAGAAAUCACCUUAUCUCAGACUAAUGAGGUGUGAUGUGACUAGUCACAUGGGUUUUCAUUCUUCUCUACGAGAAUACAGCCUAUCAAAAUGAUGUCUGUUGGAAAUGUAGAACCAAUCAAACAGAUACUUUAUGUAUGUAAUACAAUGAGAGCACUUUGCAUUGACUGUGAACUUUUUAUUUUUGAAUCUGCACUAGAGCCAAUCUUAGAGGCAGCCCGGCACCUUCAUCCUAGGCAGAGAGAGAAUUGGGUGUUGGAGCCUUAUCCAAGGGUACUAGGAAGGGCCCUGGGAAGUUGACUUAACUGGUAGAUGUCAGACUGUGAACGCUCCUGAGAACCUUGGGGUAGCAGGAUCUUCUCUUGGGGCUGAAAAGGGGGAAGGAGGGAGGACCAAGACUACUUCUCCCUAGAUCAGAGAAAGAGAAUUACUCCUUGACAAAUAUGACACCUGCUACGAAUUUCCCAGGGAAACUUAGGGAUUGGCCUCUUUCCUAACAUGUGGAGGAGUUGGCAGACAGCCUCCUAAUGGGGAGGGCCAAGGCUAACACUGCUUGCGUCCAGGUGACCUUAAGUUACGGCAGAUGACACUGAAAUGGAUUGAGGCCAAUGAGAACAGAUGGAUGGAGUACUCAGGUUAGACUUGUUUCUUCUCCUAUGCUGGAGGAGAGGGAUUGUCUUCUAGAAUGUUAGAAGUGAGUUGAGAGCCCACCUCUUGAAUGUUGAACAGUGUACUCUUCUGAAAACUGCAUAUUCAGUUUAUGUGGUUUCAGAAUACUGGGCUCAAUACCAACAUAAGAAAGACACUUCAUUGAGAAAUUCUUAAGCUUACAGAAAACCUGUAUUUUUUGCACAUUCCACUUAACUGUAGCAAAAUUCAGUUUCUUCCAUAUUUUUGUCACUUUUUCCAUUGUAAGAUUUACUUAGGAAAAUCAAUUUCUAUUUAUUCCCCAAAAUUUUGGCAUUGCUUGAUUUUACCCAGUGGGGAAUGUGCUUUGAAUUUUUGGAACACUUUCACAAUUAAAAAUAGAGUAGAGCCAUUUUUAAUUUGUUUCAUGAGAAACAAUAUGUUAAAGAGAGGGUUAAAUAUAAAUAUGUUUUCAUGUGUGUGUUUUUUGAAGUUUUUGUUAAAAGCAAUAGUCAAAAGCUAGAUGACCUGUCCAUAAUAAUCACGUGUCUUCAUCUUCUCAGAGGCCCCAUGCCCAGAUGCACGUGUCAUUGGGGUACACUCUCGGGGGAUUUGGUACACUCUAAUGGAUGUCUAGUUUGAUCCCUUGAGAAUCUGAACUUGAGUCCCCACAUUGUCAAACUACUGGUCAGCUGUUGAAAAAUUUUAGAACUCAGGUCUUUGAUUUGAAGUAGGGAACAUAGUGGCUCACACAGAGUUCAGGUGCUGUUAGAAAGAUGGGAACAAGAGUGUUUUGCCACCUUAUUUUUAUAUGGGAAAAAAUUUUUUUAAUAAGAAAAAAAUGAAAAAUAACCCAAGCUGAUAGUGAUGAGUGUUGUAAAACAUCCUCGGGUUGUAGAAUAGUGAUGUCUAAAAAUUAAAGUUAUUUUGGGAAUAUACCACUUUAACAGUAUAGUCUUAUAAAAAGUAUUCUGUAUUGUGAACCCCUUUCAUGUCUGCUAUUUGCUUUCCACUCCACUUAUUGGAACCACUUCAAAAUCCAGUUCUGAAAUGACCUUUCCAAAAAUAAAUGUAUUUACUUUUUAGUCAACAGAACUCUGUAAUUCCAAAUGUUCUUCUAUGUGGUAGAAUUAUUUUCAGGAACCAUUAAGUUGAUUUGAAAAUCUGUUAUAGGCAAUACUAAAACUGAUUAUUUUUUUUUGCAGUCUCCUUUAAUUCAUGUCCUUCUGCAGUUGCUCUGUAUUAAAACAGGGUAAAAAGGCCAUAACCCAUCAUGAAAAAUAUAAUAAAAAACUCUUUAACCUAUAAGGUAAUUUACAGAUAUUGUGUUUUCUGAACAGGCUGUUAGUGAAAGCCCGUAUCUGUCUCCAGGUGAAUGUAAUCUACUUACGAGUACUUUACUCAGAGGAUGUGUUCCCCAGGUGGGCGGAGUACAGUUGAUCUCUAGCACAGAGAUUCUGGCCUCUGCAUAUUCUCAGGUCUCUGUGUGUACCUCCCAUUGAAUAGAGAAGCUUAAGAGAAUUUCUGAGAAAAGAAUACUGCUUCUUAUGGGAGCAGUUUAGGAGUCCAUGGAAGAAAGAAAAAUACAUGUGUCUUGGCAGCCUUGGUGUUAUUUUGAUCCAAAUGGAUUGAAAGUAUAUUUAAAAAUUUGAAUGUCACUAUGACAAAGCUGCAGUACACUAUAGAGUCAAGUUAUUGAAUUACCACUCCUGAUACAAGUGAGGGCUUUAUUGCACUACUGUGGAGCCUAUGUGUGCAAUACAUUGGUGAGUUCAUUUACUGGUGUAUGGAAGAGCCAGCAGGAGCAGCAUGGUCAUCGCUGGGUGCUAUUACAGUUGCCUGUAGUGAGGGCUGUUUUCCAGGAAAUGGAGCCAGUUGGGUGUGGCAAAACUACUGAAUAUCAAAUGAUGCUCUUCUUCCCAUGUAGACCUUCAGCAGAAGCCAGUACUUGGAAGCCACAGGCUCACCUUCUCUAUCCAAUAAUUAUUAAUGGAGAGACCUCCAUAAGGGAGCAGCUGGCUGUUACCGAUAAAUGUACCAAUUAUUAAAUAGUCUCCAAGCCAUUCAGUGAUGUCUUCAGCAUCACUAUAGAACUGUCUCGUGUCACUUUUUACUGCCUUCUGGGUGGAGCCUUUCAGACUCCCCAAUCAUGAAGGCAAGUUAAUCUUUCUCUCCAGUUAGUGACUUUUGCCCCGUAGUUGGGUAUGCACUUCCUAGAUUGAGAAAAGCAGCUACAGUCAAUCCUGCUCUGUUUCCCUCAUUUGGUGAUCAGUCAGUCACACAUAAGCUCCUUGUAUUCUAAAUUUCAUGCACUUCUCCCAGAUGCUAUAGGGUUUUUUCUCACUGUUGCUGGUGGAUGUCAUCCAGACAGUGGGCUCAUAUCUUAUGGUUUUGUGCAAUCAUUGUUGUAUUGUAGUCCUAAGACUCAUUAUAGUGUAUUUUUGAUAUUUUUGAAAUGUGUUAAAUUUUUUAAUUCAAUAAUAUGAGCCAGAGCAUGUUGCAGCAAAUCUAUUGUUUGUAAAAAUAAUGAUAACAAUAAUAAAUAAAAUAAAGCGGAAUCUCUUUUUCAUGGCUGUGUUU